GCCAAAGAUGGCUGCGCCCAGCCGCGUUGAACGAAGGUUGCAGUGAGCCUUAGGGGCCGAGGAAAAUCGGAGGGAGCAGUGACUGCUGGGAGGAGAGCAUAAGAUAUGCAUUAUUGAAAAAUGGUUUUUUAAAUUUUUUUAAGGCUCAAGAUGGAAAAUCAUGAACCAGAUAUUGUCAAGGAAAGCCUUUUUGAUAUCAUAACCAGAAAAAUUAACCAACUUCCAGAAGCAGAAAGGAAUCUACUUGAACAUGGAUCAACAUAUGUUGGAUUUAAUGCUGCUCUCAGUGGCCUAAUAGCAAACAGUCUUUUUCGGCGCGUCUUAAAUGUGACACAGGCUCGUAUAGCUGCUGCUUUACCAAUGGCAGUGAUCCCGUUUUUGACAGCGGACAUAUCUUACAGAGGUUUUAUAAGUUUACCAUUGAAUACAGGUGAUUUGAAUUGUGAAACCUGUACUAUAACACGAGCUGGAUUGAUUGGACUUGUUUUUGGUGGUCUGUACCCUGUUUUCUUGGCUAUACCUGUGAAUGGUGGCCUAGCAGCCAGGUAUACCUCAGCCCUGCUACCAGAGAGAGGAAACAUCUUAACCUACUGGACCAGAAUUUCUAAGCCUAUCUUUAGAAAGAUGUUAUUUCCCAUUUUGCUCCAGACUGGGUUUGCAGCAUACCUUAGUUCUAGACAAUAUAAACUACUUAUAAAGGCUCUUCAAUUACCUGAACCUGGCCUAGAAAUUCAGUGAUUGUUAAAAAUGUACACAAAAAUAAAACUGUAAGAAUAACUUAUG